AUGGCUUGCAAUUCUACACCCCUCCUAUCACCACCCAAAACCACAACCGUCGCAACCGUCCACCACCCCCACCACCACAGACUCCAACCCAUCUUCCACACCAAACCCACCCUCCACCGCAAACUCACCACAAAACUCCACGUCUCCUCCUCCCCAACAAACAACCCCACAACCACACCCUCCCCCACCCAACCCCCACCCCAAAAACCCAACCAAGAAACCGUCUUCUUCGACGGCGGAGCCCACUACGGCGACCUCGUCGCCAACCUCUUCCUAGGCUUCACCCUCGUCUGGCUUCCCUUAACCUUAGCAGCAGUCUCACGCGCUCUCUACCUCCGUUACAGGUUCACCAACCUCAGAGUUACAGUAAUCUCAGGGCUAACAGGCGAGGACAGAAGCGACUUUUCAUAUAGUGUUAUCAAAGACGUUCAGGUUGUUCCAAGGUUUAUCGGUGAAUGGGGUGACAUUGUUAUCACGUUGAAAGAUGGUACUAAAGUUGAUCUUAGGAGUGUUCCUAAGUUUAGAGAAAUUGCUAAGUAUUGUCUCUCUAUCAGAGAUAAAUCUUCUCAGAAUUUGAAUCAAUCUCGCACUCCUAAAGCCUUUUGA